AUGGCCGUCACUCACGUCGUUCUCGUCGGCUUCAAGCCAGAUGCCAAGGCCGAAGACAUUGAAAAGUUCAACUCAACCCUCAUGGCCCUCAAAGACACCUGUCUCCACCCCACCUCCCAGAAGCCCUACAUCAAGUCCCUGACCGGCGGAAUCAACAAGUCCCAGGAGGGCCACAGCGAUGGGCUUACUCACGGCUUCAUCUUCGAGCUCGAGUCGGAGGAGGACAGGCUGUACUUCAUCCACAAGGAUCCUGCUCACUUGGCACUCUACGCCCUUGCUGCUUGUGUUGAGAAAUUCACCCUGCUCUCCUUUGUGCCUGGCGUAUUCUAG